GUGACGUCAUCGUGGGUGGCCAUUUCGUUCAUUCGGCUGCAUUUUGGUUUGAGUCGUUGUCUGCCGCGGGUAAAAGUGGAUAACGAGAAAACAAUUGCGGUUUCAAUGUGUAGCGACGAAGUAAUGACUUCUUCAUAUUCAAUCAUUCUUCGAAUUUAAGCCUAAUAGUCAUUUCCUCCAGCCUUUGACAUACAAAAAAGCUUCUCGAAUAUUUUCUUUUAACCUGGCAAUUUAAGCAGAUAAAACUAGUUUUAUCAACGUUGAGAAAUAUCACAGCCUUUGAACAAUUUUACAGAAAAAAUACUAUUCUCUUUGAUGGAAUAUUUGAAAACAACUGGAGAAUACUGCAGGGCACAGCACAAAUAAACUAUCUGUGAGUGUACAUAGUAUAUCAUCCUGGCUAACUGUCCUGCCAUUUUGACACAUUCUUCAUAUUAUCCAUAUGGGGUAAAUUACACUAUACUUUUGGCAUUAGUUUGUUUGGCAUCAACUUGGUGUCUAAAGGUUGGUGUAAAGAAAACAGUAAGACAGAAGAAAGGUGUACCUUAUUUAUUUCUUUCACUGGCAAGAAGCAUAUCUACAAACGAGAAGGAAUUGCUCAGUUAACUUUUUUUCAGCAGUGAAAUUAACUAUAAAGAUUAAAUAAGUUUACUUCAGGGAUAUUAAUCUUUGGUGGUUGACUGACCAUCUUAAUUGCUGUUUGCUUUAUACAAGGAAUGACAACAAUGAAACAGAAGACAAUGCGUCCAGCACCGUCCGAGAUAACCUACAAAAAUAUGCGGUUCCUGAUUAUGGACCGCCCUACUGAUGCAACUGUACCUGCCUUCUUAGAGGAAUUACAGAAGAGAAAUGUGAAAGAUGUUGUAAGGGUAUGUGAACCCACUUACAAAACUGAUCAGUUGGAACGUGAAGGCAUAUCUGUAUUGGAUUGGCAGUUUGACGAUGGUUCUCCUCCUCCAGCAAAAAUUGUAGACGAUUGGUUUCAGCUUCUAAGAACGAGAUUCAGAGAAGAUCCGGAAUGUUGCAUCGCUGUCCACUGCGUUGCAGGGUUGGGCCGUGCUCCGGUAUUGGUCGCUAUAGCUCUUAUCGAAUUGGGGAUGAAAUACGAGGACGCGGUCGAGCUAAUUCGACAGAAGCGCAGGGGAGCCAUUAACGCCAAGCAGUUGUCGUAUUUGGAGAGGUACCGUCCCAAGUCUCGUCUGAAGAUCAAAAACGGACAUAAGCAAUGCGUGAUUCAGUGAAGGAAAUUACCGCCUCUCGGUCCCAGCCGUACCCCAUGACACGAGCCAGGCUAUCUGUCACACAAUAAAAAAGGAUCAAUUUUGCUACAGUUUCUACGAACGCGAGGGACUCGAUUUUUUCCUUUUCUUUUUACGUAACGGAACGACUCUCGUUCCAGCACUCGGAUUUCGUUCUCUUAGAACUGGUUUAACCGAUUCGCCAGUCGGUACGGCUUAUUGGUGGGGCAGCGCGCCAAGGUGUUUCGCUAAAUGUUCCAGUUACUUUCCCUAACGAAUUUUCACCGUUUGUAUACCGCCGGAGCUAAACGAUAUCUAGUUAGUGGUCUUCCAAAUUCACCCUCGGACGUCCUCUCUCGUCUACGUAACAUUUACCCUCGCCUUUUUUUCUUUUAACGUUUACACCUGUCGGAAAAUGUUUGCAAUCGUCACACGGCUUUCUGUGGUAUAAUUUUUUAAGAUUCGGUUGUCCGAAGAAGUGUCAAAAUGUGCACUACGCCUCCUCGUCACCUUAGAUAUAAUAAGUUUUUAAUUAAUUAUUUUUCGUAAGUCCUCGAACGUCGGUAGCGAUUAGGUUUCAAGUAUUUGUAAAGUAGUUAGGUGGGGUCGGAGGACUAGCGCGCGACGGAGCGAACGGAAUGGCGCCCCGCCACCCGGCGGGAGUGGAAGACCGGACGUCGAGUUUUGCGGCGGUCGGAACCGCGGGCGAGCGGUCCUCCGCCCGUUUUCUCGGUUUACCCGUUCGGAUUAGUAAAUGGUCGACACCCGUGUAAAAAACAUUUGUGUUAACGAAAUUUUACUCGAGAAUGAAAUGUAACGCAGUGUAAUUUUGCCGUAUUUUAAUAAACUAGUUGUCGAAAGUCCCAUAGUCAGUGAUUGAGCCAAUCUCCAACACCGGGCACGCGUCGAAGGCCACCGUUCCGUUUUUUCUUUUUAAAUUAAGCGCGACGAUUUCCCCGGGACGAUAUUUUGUAAAACCGCGAUUCGUUAAAACGUUUUAAUGAGGAUUUUCUAAAUUAACGAAUUCUACUUAAACUUUCAAAAUUUCUUUAAGAUUUUUUAUUAAACAUUUGAUGGAUUUGAAAACUUUCCAUAUUCAAUGUAAGUGGAACACACACGUUGGCUAAAUUGUAUAUUUACCAAUAAACUUAGUUUCAAACCCGA